GUCACCAGCAUGGCGGCACCCGCUCGCAGUUUCAGCCGUUUCGCUUCCGUAUCCGGAAAAGUGGGAAGUUUUCUAUUUAACUCGGUGUUCAUCGCCCGGGCGGCGACGUGCGGGGACGGAAUGGACUCCGCGGGGCCGACCAAGCUGGAGUUCGCGGUGCAGAUGACGUGCGAGAGCUGCGCAGUUAAAGUCAGAGCUGCGCUGGAAGGUAAAGCAGGGGUGACGUCGGUCAGCGUGGACGUCGGUAAGGAGCGGGUGUUGGUGGAGUCGGCUCUGACCAGUGCGGAGGUGCAGGCUCUGAUCGAGGGCACCGGGCGCAGGGCGGUGCUGAAGGGCAUCGGAGGAUCGGAGCACGACCUGGGAUCAGCUGUGGCCAUGCUGGCCGGUGGGGGGAGGGUCCAGGGGGUGGUGCGGUUCCUGCAGCUCUCCGAGCAGCGGUGCCUGAUCGACGGGACCAUCGACGGGUUGGAGCCGGGACCCCACGGCCUCCACGUCCACACCCUGGGGGACCUCACGCUGGACUGCCUCAGUUGUGGAGACCACUACAACCCCUCUGGGAGACCACACGGCGGUCCAGGGGACUCUGAGAGGCAUGUCGGCGAUCUGGGAAAUGUUGUCGCUGGACCGGAUGGCAGAGCCUCAUUUAGACAAGAGGACAGUCAGCUCAAGGUCUGGGACGUGAUUGGCCGAUCGCUGGUGGUGGACGCCGGCGAGGACGACCUGGGCCGAGGACUUCACCCUCUCUCCAAAGAGACCGGGAACUCUGGGGAAAGACUGGCCUGUGGGAUCAUCGCCCGCUCAGCGGGUCUCUUCCAGAACCCCAAACAGAUCUGUGCCUGUGACGGGGUCACGCUGUGGGAGGAGAGAGACCGGCCGCUGGCGGGGAAAGGUCGCAGCAAGGCCGGCGCGGAGACACCGGCGGCGCACCUCUGAGCCGCGGACGCCGGCCUCAUCCGCCUCAUCCGCCGACGUACCGGGCACGCCGAAGAGAAAUGAAGUGGACAUUAACGAUGAGGAGUACGUUUCCACGCAGCUGGGAAGAUGACCAAAAGGAUGAAAUUGCCUUAUUCUCGAGACAGCAAACCCUUCUUUCAGUCAGGUUCUUUCCCCUGAGGACGUUAAAGGCACGGUAGCAGAUUAAAACCGGGGCUUUGUGAAACGCACGUCUUUUGUUUUGAUUGGCUAGAUGCCCGUUAAUACUGUUGUGUGUUUUUAGACAGCCGCCUCUGACACAACCGUCUCAUCAGUGUCUAAAUUAAUAUAAUUUCUGACAGGCUAAAUUAAUUACGGUGUCUAAGCUGAUUAAUGCAAACCUCAUAACUACAGGAGGAGCACUGAUGGUACCAAAAACAAACAUUAUACAUGUUGAGGUCAGCAGGAAAGUCAACACACAAAUAGGAUUACAAAGUACAUUGUGUGUGUGUACCGUAUGAGCCAUAUGAGAUUGUAUAUCAAGUUUUUGCAUUGAUUGUCCAAAUUGAGCAUAUUAUCCUGUUAAUGCCUGAAUAAGCUUAUUGAAUUUUCCUCCAAAUAUUCCGUCUUUUUUUUUUUUUGAGGACUGUGAACGCCACUUUAAUUUUUUUAAUUAUCAAUAAAUGUGUCUAAAAUGAGUGCCUAAAGUCAUAUCUUUAAAUAGUAUUUUUCUGUAUCUGACACCAUCAAAAAAUAAAUAUAUAUACAAUAAGAGAACCAAAAAAUAUGAAA